ACAAUAUGGGUAAAUAGGGGUCAUGAAUGAAGAAGAGAAUAUUUUUCAUACUAUAUUUAUUAGUAUUAGGUGAAACUAUUUAAGAAGUUUAGCAAACAUUGACUUGAAAAUGCAAUGAUAAUACAUGUCUACACAUGUAAAAUACAAAACUGACUCAGGUCUAAACUACAUGAAAUAGCGCACUCCGUACAGUAGGUGGCGGUAUACACAGCUGGCUGCAGUUUGCCAACGAUCAGAGGACAUGUACAACGGUUAUCGUUAAACUGUAAACAUAAGGUCAUUCGCACCAGAAGAUGGCACUGUUAGCUUUGGCUGUUAGCUGCUACGGUUAUCUCUUCUUGUCUCACGUUGACUGUAAACAGUCCCUUAAAUAUGUUUGAUGUUAGCAUACCUUUCGGUGGUUCAUUUUCAAGCAUCUUACGAGCUUUUUGAAUGUGUCGUGGUCAAAAACCUUUCGUUGGAACUCACGAGGUUCGCUAGCAAAGACUAACUUUAAGCUAGUUUACACUGUUACUACUGUGCUGUUAGUCAAGACAGGACAGGUGAGAGGCUGAACAUACAAAGAGAACAGACUUAAGUGAACACCAUGAUUAAGUGUUUGCCCAAAGAGGUUCAGGGGAAACUUCGCUCGGGUGUCGCUAUCCCCUCACUUCAGCAGUGCGUAGAGGAGCUUAUCUUAAACAGCAUCGAUGCUGAGUCGACCUGUGUGGGAGUCAGGAUGGACAUGGAGGCGUUCAAAGUUCAGGUAAUCGACAAUGGCGCUGGGAUGAACGCUGAGGAUAUGGAGUGCUUGGGGAGCAGAUACUACACGAGCAAAUGUAGCUCUGUUGAAGACCUGGAUAAUCUCUGCUGUUAUGGUUUCAGAGGGGAAGCCUUGGCAAGUAUAGUUUCUUUAGCCACACUUGUUGAAAUCUCGUCCCGGACCAGAUCAUCAGUGAAAACUCACGUCAAAAUCUUCAAGCAUGGUAAAGGCAUGGAUGUAUUUGAAGCAGAGGCUGCAAGACCUUCUGCAGGGACAACAGUUGUCAUUUGCAACUUCUUCCAUAACAUGCCAGUCCGAAGGAAGAGGAUGGAUGCUGUGCUGGAGGGUGAGAGGAUCAGGCACAGAGUGGAGGCCCUUUCUCUGAUGCAUCCCUCUGUGUCUUUCAGCCUGAAGAAUGACUGCACAGGAGACAUACUGGUGCAGCUUCCUAAAGCUAGAAACACCUACUACAGGUUUGUUCAGAUACACAGCCUUGGCCGAGCACAGAAACUUGGAGAAAUCAGUUACACACACGGACAGUUUGAAGUGGUCGGAUAUAUUGGCAGAGAAGGCCACUACAACAACAGCUUACAGUUCCUGUAUGUAAAUGAAAGACUCCUCCUGAAAACACGGAUACACAAGCUGCUGAACUUUCUCCUACGCAGAGUGAGCAGUUUAAAUCAGAAAAGCGACAGUCCAGAACAGCAGUCUGCCAUCAGGAGUCCAAAGCAUAAACGGAGCCAAGAGCUGAAUGGAGUAUACAUCAUCAAUAUCAAAUGCCCUUACUCAGAGUAUGACAUAUGUCUUGAGCCUGCAAAAACCUUGAUAGAAUUCAAAGAUUGGGAUGGCAUUUUGCUAUGUAUAGAAGAGGCAGUGAAAGCUUUUCUGAAAAGAGAGAACUUGGUGGCUGUGGUUUCUCAAGAUGACUUGGAUUAUGUAUCUCCCAAAUUGUUUGGCACUCACACUGCAGACAAAGAGGGGCAUAACAGUGGCAGUGUUGAACAAGCAACUAGCAGUGCUUCCACAUUAGAUUGUAGUAUUGGAAUGAAGCUGGCAUCUGAUCUUGUUCAUCGUAAACAGGUAUGUGAGGACAGUGUUUGCCAGGAGUCUGGUAUGAUGGACUAUAAAGAAGAGACUGAACAACGAGGUCGUGAAAAGACAACUGCAAAUGAGCUGGAAAAGAUGAGAAGUGAAGGAAGCAUAAACAAAGAUUGUAGAGAUGAGUUACUGCGUGAUCCAGCUAGACUGGAACCUGCAUCUGAUGGUAACACUGCUGAAGAAGAGGGGCCAACUUUUAGUGAAGCUGGGGAAGGCUUUCAAAUUUUAUGCAUGUCAAGUUCAGUCAAACAACUAGGAAGUGAAAAAGUGGAACUUUCAAAAGAAAGAGAGAUCAUAUCAAACAAUACUUUCUCACAGAGCAAAGUGACUUCAUUAGCGAGCACCACUCAGCAAAUGCAGCCUUUAAACUGUAUUCAGCAUAUAUUUCCAGACUCCCAGGGUACAGGAGGACAUGAACAGACUUUAGUAACUAAGAGAAAGAUCAGUCUGUCUGAUCCAUACAUUCAUGAAUGUCUGCAGAAUUUGAACCCACCCCAAAUUAACAAGUCAAUAUUACAGCAGCAAAUAUUAGCACAGAAAUGUGAAGAGGGAACCUUUGCAUCAAAACGCAAAAUCUCACUGGAUGCAGACAAUGACAGAUCUAGUCUACACAAAGACUUUGCACCCACCGUGCCUUCAAAGACUUCCAGAAAUCCAACUCGUCCAAAGUUAUCUUUACGUAAAGAGCCUGGAUCCCUUGAGAGGUUUAGAAGAGUAUAUGGUAAAUCUGAUGAACUAAAAUUACCUUCUCACAAGACUCUUGAGAAUAAUACUAGACUCUCUCAGACAGACAGACUUGUUUUGAAUUCCCAGAAUUUGUUGGUUUGCAAGAAAAAUCAACAAGAUUGCGAUGCAACAGAAAAAGAAGAGCCACUGAGCAGCCUCCAAAGUCGACCAACCCACUCAGGCUUCACCAACUUAAAACCAGUCCCAGCUGAGUGUGGAGGCAAACAAUCAUUGGCAGCCAAACUCUGCCAUUUGAAACAACAUAUGGUGGACGAUUCAAAAGUAAAACCACAUCUGUGCAGCACUAGCUCACGGGACACUGUUUGUCUCAGUGGAGGUAAUAAUGGCUUCCAAGACAGCAAUAACAACGAGAAUCACUGCGGUACUGCACUGGAUCCUGAGCCAGUCCCAGGUUGCAGUACAGGUCCUCAGCUGACUGAGAGGGAAGUGGGUACAGCAACAGGUGACUGGCUUCAUCACUACGACACAUCUGUGGGAAAGAUGGUUUAUGUCAACAAAGUGACUGGGCUCAGCAAAUACGAGGACCCACCUACCGAAGAUACACAUGCGCUCUGUACAUCUGAUGUCACUAAUAUGGCAGUUAGUGUCAUCUCUGAAAUGGGAAUGGAAUACAGAUGUUACCCAUUUCAGGUGGACCUAGUGUUACCUUUUUUACCUAAAUCCAGAGCAGAAAGAGUGAUUAGUUCAGGGCUUGAUGACCGAGAUGACAACAGUGAGAGCCUUAACUCCCUUACCUCGUUGUACUCCAAAUGGAAUAACCCUGUGUUUGUCCGACCUCCAAUGGUUGCCGUGGACAUAUCAAGCGGGCAAGCUGAUGGGCUGGCUGUCAAGAUCCACAACAUCCUGUUUCCAUACCGUUUUUCAAAGGCCAUGAUUCACUCGAUGAAGGUCAUUCAUCAAGUGGAUAAGAAGUUCCUUGCAUGUCUCAUCAAUACAAGAGAUGAAGAGCCUGCAACGCUAGCUGAAACUGAGGGAAACCUUCUUGUGCUGGUGGAUCAACACGCUGCACACGAGAGAGUUCGACUUGAAAAUCUAGUUGCAGAUUCCUAUGAGGAUGACCCAGAUGCACCAGGGGAGAGACGUCUGUGUUCAUCAAGCAUUUUGCCACCUCUUCAGAUGAGUGUAACAGAAGAGGAGCUCAGGCUGCUAAGGUCUUGUCAGUCACAUUUACGAAGUUUGGGCCUUGAAGUGAUGUUCUCACAGGCAGUGAAUCCACAAGUUUUUAUAGGGAAGGUACCACUGUGCUUUAUGGAAAAGGAGAGUAAUGAGCUCAGACGGGGCAGACCAUCUGUUAUCAAGCCUAUUGUCGAGGAAUAUCUUCGAGAGCAGAUUGAGUUACUUCGCUCAGCUGGUAGAGUUAGAGGAAGUCUGCCUCUCACUGUGCUGAAGGUUCUAGCCUCCCUAGCAUGUCAUGGUGCUAUCAAAUUCAAUGACAGCCUGACUAGAGAUGAAUGCCACAGCUUGGUGGCGUCCCUGUCCUCUUGCCAGUUGCCUUUCCAGUGCGCCCACGGCCGCCCAUCCAUUGCUCCCUUAGUAGACAUCCGCCAUUUGGACAAAGACCAGAAGGUACCAGACUGGAGUAGCACAUCUGACUUUGUACCAAGUGUAGUAUGCAAGGCAUUGUACAUCACGGCAAUCUGGUGGUGACUAAGCACUCUUGUCCCUACAGGAAUUACAGAAGCCCAACCUCCAAAAGCUAAGAAGAAUGUAUAAAGCGUGGGAACUUUAUGGAGAUAAAUAAGUGGGUGUGUAUUUUAUUUUAAAUGUGUGAAGAACUUGAUGUAAGAACUUGUAAGAAUUCCCUUAUUAAAUGGCUAAAAUAAUCAAA